CCUGAAAAGGAAAUUGCAACAUGUGCUGAAGUCUUGUCAAAAGAGGAAGUCAAAGCUGAAGAGAACACGACUGAGCUUUUUUUUUUUAACGAUGUUUUUACAGGAUUUUCAUGUGACCUGAGGAGGCUGUUGCCUUUACAGAAGGACUAAAAUAACAGCCUGGUGGGACAGAGCUAUUGACUCAUUGGCUGAGCUGCAUGGUCGAGAUUCCACUCUGCACGCGAGGGUCACAGCUGAGGUUUCCUCUGUUAGUACUGCGGUUCCAUGUAAACUCUCUCAUCCUUCCUUCGUUUGUUCGAUGCCUCUGUGUCACUUUCUCCGAGUUAUGGGCCAGCGUUCAACAGUGGGGAGCCUUCUGUUUUUCCUCUGGCUAAAUGGGAUCUGUACAGGAUUUAAACUGGAGAAUUGUACCUACUACAACAGAACGUUUGAGAGCGUUUACUCUGUUCCCGGGGAUAUGGCUAUGCUGAAUAGCACUCUGGUGUCUUCAGACACCUUCAACUUCACAACGGUCCCUUACAACAUCACCUGGUACAACUUAAAGACCGGCCGAGAAAUGAGAAACCAGACCGGUCGAAUCCUGGUGCACAGGGAGACUCUGUGGUUUCUUAACGUAACGGUGGACGAUACUGCAGAAUAUGUUUCUAUACUAAGAACUCCCUCUCGGUGCUACAGGCAGGGGAUCAAGCUGGUAGUUGAUCUGCCCAUUGCUGGACAGUGUAGAAGACCAAAGAAAGCCUUUCAAACACUUACAUUGGGAGUCACUGACAAAGUGAGCUGUCCUCUGAAGGACUACAUCUCUAAACUGGACAGCUACAACAUCACUUCCUCCAUCAAGUGGUACAGAGGUUGUGACCUCAUCGUGGAUGGGCCAGACAAGUUCACCUACAUGGAUAAGACCAUACUGAAAAUUGAAAGGGUGGAAGAUGAAAACGAAUUGUAUACCUGUUCUCUGAGCUUUACUCUCGGUGGUAUUACGGGAUCAGUGUCAGAGACCAUUGAAACAACGGUCUCAGAUAGUUACUCUAUGCCUCCACAAGUGCGCGAACCGGCUAAUGAAAUAAUCAAGGCACAGAUGGGGUCCCAUUUCAGCAAGCGGUGCCUGGUAUUUGUGCCAGGUGUCGGGAGGCCCUCAGUUGCGAUCGCUUGGUCGGUCAGAGACCAUUACAUUUUCGAUACCAAACCCUCUGACCGUGUCUCCACGUCAAAUCUAAGACUUGAGGUUGAUCCUAAAGGUGCAUGGUUGGAGGUUCUGCUGAUAAUUUCUGAGCUAAGGGAGGAGGAUUUCCACAUCAACUACACUUGUCAAGCAGCCAGUGACAGGGGCCCUUCCAAGGGAUAUUUUACUCUGCUACCCGCAGAUCCCAACAUCAUACUACCCAUUGGAUCUGUGCUCGGCGGUAUGACGGUUCUCUUCAUCGUCAGUGUCACCAUCUAUUACCUUUUUAAGGUUGACAUUGUGCUGUGGUUCAGGAAAGCGUUUCCUGUCCUCUACGCAAAUACAGAUUUGGAUGGGAAGCUGUAUGAUGCCUAUGUGGCGUACCCACAGCCCUGUGCCAUUGGAUUUAACAAGGAAGUGGAAGAGUUUGCUCUUCGCACACUACCCCAAGUGUUGGAAAAUGCCUGCGGCUACAAACUCUUCAUAGGAGGCCGUGACUGCAUGCCUGGGAAGGCCAUAGUGGACUCAGUGGAAGAGAACAUACAAGCCAGUCGGCGCCUUCUUCUGCUCUACACCGCCUCUACUUUCAUCAGCAAAAGACACACAAGCAGCACUAGUAGCAAUAAUAACAACAUCUCUAAGAGCAGUGAUAACAAUGAAAGGAAGACAGGGGACCGCAGUGGCAGCAUGAGUUCUGAUGGUAGUGAAGAAGUCUAUCCCGACUCAAGACAGCAGUUGGAGUGUAUGGCAGCAAUGCACAGAGCACUUCUGGAGGGAUCUCUCAAGGUAAUUCUUGUUGAGUUGGAAGAGAUCAGCCCGGCUCAGCUGGCUCUCUUUCCAGAGUCAGUACGUCACCUGAGGAAGAAGCAGGGCGCCGUGUGUUGGUGGAAGAACCUGAGAACGAGGCAAAGGUGGAGGACAUGUGUGAGGAGGAGAGAGGACGAGGAGAAAGGUGGACAGGACACGCAACUGUCCCCUUCCCUCUCCCCUUCCUCUAGGUUUUGGAAGGAGAUGAGGUAUAGUAUGCCGGUGAGGGGCAAGAGGGCAGCGUACCCCGAGAAAACUGCCCUGCUGAACUUAUGAUGGGAGUAUGAACCAGAGAGCAGCUGGUUUCCAGUGCACACACACACGUGUGUUUGGCAGAGAAACCCCUCACACACAGACAAUUCAGAAACACUGACCAGCAACUGUGAAGUACACGCUCCGAGCAGGGUCCGACUGGGAUAAUAAUUCAGGCCGGGAAUCUAACAGCAGUCCAGACCAAUACAUUCACAACAGCCCAAGUAUACUGCAACUUGUUUCCUGUGUACUCGUAUAAUGGACACUAUCAUGCUCAAUUAUGUCUAUUAAGUUGUUGCAGCAAUGUUUUGGUAAAAAUAUAACCUUUUUCGACCACUUGAGAAUUAACUAAAUCUAGUACAGUGCCCGUUGGAACAGGCGAUUUGCUUGGCCUGUAGAAUUCUCCAGAACCAAAUUGUACCCCAAAA